ACCAACAUUAACAUUAAAACUAAAAAAACAUUAAACAAUUGAGGGUGACGAACCCUAGUUCGAGAACUCGAGGAACAAAUUGUUGAGACUGAUUUUGGAUUUUACAAAACAUCAAAGUUUAUUGUUCGCUCGCAGUUUCCACGGCUUCCAGGAAUGCCGGAGAGCAAACCAGUGAUUGGGUUAUCAUGGCAACCACAGCUUCCUAUUCCAUCAUUAAAAACCACUAAUGGGUCUCAUCCCAAACCUCAAAUUGAGGCAUCAACCAGCACUGUUUGGAAAUCCAGUUUAGAGCUGGUUGAUGGCCUUUUGGUCCCUCCAAACGAUCCCAGAAAAUUGAAUAAGUUACUGAGAAAGCAAGUUAAAGAUACUGCUGGGGAAAAAUGGUUCAAUAUGCCAGCUCAAACCAUUACCCCUGAGUUGCAGAAAGAUUUGCAGCUAUUGAAGUUGAGGGCUGCCCUUGAUCCAAAGCGACACUACAAGAAAGGUGAUUCCAAAUCGAAGACACUUCCCAAAUAUUUCCAGGUUGGAACAGUUGUAGAUUCUCCAUUGGACUUUUUCUCAGGCAGAUUAACAAAGAAGGAGAGGAAAGCAACGCUUGCAGAUGAGCUGCUUUCUGAUCAAAACCUUGCAUCCUAUAGGAAGCGGAAGGUUCGAGAAAUUGAAGAACAAAAUCGACCAGCUGGGAAUGAAAAGUGGAAGAUUAAAAGUAAUUCCCGGAAGUGGGCUAAGGAAAGGAGGAUUUACUGAAUUUCUUCCCAUUUCAGCCGUAGGCACAGUUUAGAAUCACUUUUCCUAAUGGUCUUUCAAAUGGCAGUUACUAGUAUUAGAUUACAAAUUGUAAACUGUUAUAGAAAUAUUUAAUUAAAUUUGUUGAAUAUACAAGAUAAGUUUGUAUUAAUUUUUAUAUAAACUUUAUGGUGAAUUUUUAUCCAUUAAACAUGAUUUUGUGA